GCACCCCCAAGGGAGGCCACGCGCUCAAGGAGGCCACCCCCACUGGCUGCUGCUCACAUGGUUUCUGGGCCCCUGGCACUCCGGUGGUACGCGUGGGCAGGGCGUGGGGACAUGGGGCCCGACAUGGAGCUGCCCAGCCACUCGAAGCAGCUCCUGCUGCAGCUGAACCAGCAGAGGACAAAGGGCUUCCUAUGUGAUGUCAUCAUCAUGGUGGAGAACUCCAUUUUCCGGGCCCACAAGAAUGUCCUGGCUGCCAGCAGCAUUUACUUCAAGUCCCUGGUCCUGCACGACAACCUCAUCAACCUGGACACAGACAUGGUCAGCUCCACAGUGUUUCAGCAGAUCCUGGACUUCAUCUACACGGGCAAGCUGCUGCCCAGCGACCAGCCAGCUGAGCCCAACUUCAGCACUCUCCUCACUGCCGCCAGCUACCUCCAGCUGCCCGAGUUGGCAGCCCUCUGCCGCCGCAAGCUCAAGCGAGCCGGCAAGCCCUUUGGCUCUGGACGGGUGGGAGCCGCUGGCAUGGGGCGAACCCCUCGCAGCCAGCGGCUGUCCACAGGUUCCGUCAUCCAGGCUCGGUACCCGGGGCUCAUGGAUGGGCGCAAGGGGGCCCAUUCCUCCCAGGACCUCCCCCAGGCCAAAGGCUCAGAUGAUGAGCUCUUCCUCGGCAGCUCCAACCAGGAGAGCGCACUUGGCCUGGCCCGGGCUGUCUGUCCAGCCAGUGGGGAGGCCGGCCUGGGCAGCUGCAGCACCAAUGGGAGCAGUGGGGGGUGCGAGCAGGAGCUGGGCUUGGACCUGUCCAAGAAGAGCCCCCCCUUGCCCCCUGCCACCCCUGGCCCCCCCCUUACCCCUGAUGACCCGGCCCAGCUGAGUGACAGUCAGCACGGCUCACCCCUCUCGGCCUCUGCCCCUCCCAUUGCCAACAGUGCCUCUUACGCUGAGCUGGGGGGCACCCCCAGCGAGCCCAUGGAUCUGGAGGGGGCUGAGGACAACCACCUGAGCCUGUUGGAGGGGCCCAGUGGGCAGUCCCGGAAGAGCCUCCGCCACUCAGCCCGCAAGAAGGAGUGGAGCAAAAAGGAGCCCAUGGCAAGUUCCCCCUUUGAGCGGAGGGAAAUGGGGCCCAAGGGCCCCUGCCCAGGGGAAGAGAGUGAGGGGCUUGGGGACAGGGUUCCCAAUGGCAUCCUGGCCAACAGUGUAGCAGGGGGUGGCCCCAGUGGGCCCUACGGAGAGCCCCCAUACCCCUGCAAGGAGGAAGAGGAGAAUGGCAAGGACGGAAGCGAGGACAGUGGGCAGAGCGGGAGUGAGGGGGGCAGCGGCCACGCCAGUGCCCACUACAUGUACCGGCAAGAGGGCUAUGAGACAGUGUCCUAUGGGGACAACCUAUAUGUGUGCAUCCCCUGCGCCAAAGGCUUCCCCAGCUCUGAGCAGCUCAAUGCCCACGUGGAGACUCACACGGAGGAGGAGCUGUUCAUCAAGGAGGAGGGCGCCUACGAUACGGGCAGUGGGGGCGCUGAGGAGGAGGCUGAGGACCUGUCCGCGCCCAGUGCAGCCUACACAGCCGAGCCCCGGCCCUUCAAGUGCUCAGUCUGUGAGAAGACCUACAAGGACCCGGCCACCCUGAGACAGCAUGAGAAGACGCACUGGCUGACGCGGCCCUUCCCCUGCAACAUCUGCGGCAAGAUGUUCACGCAGCGUGGCACCAUGACACGCCACAUGCGCAGCCACCUGGGCCUGAAGCCCUUCGCCUGCGAUGAGUGUGGCAUGCGCUUCACCCGCCAGUACCGCCUGACAGAGCACAUGCGCGUGCACUCAGGUGAGAAGCCCUAUGAGUGCCAGCUCUGCGGGGGCAAGUUCACUCAGCAGCGCAACCUCAUCAGCCACCUGCGCAUGCACACCUCCCCCUCCUAGAAGCCAAAGACCUUCUCUGGCCUGUGGGCGCCCUCUGCAGACUCGCCCCCGGGAACAACGGAAGGAAGAAGCAAGGAGGCCGGGUGGGCGGACCCGGACCCCAAAUCCAGCAGGGGUGGCUCCUGGUGGCACCUCCAGCCAGCCCCCCCACCCAGAGCUUUAAUCCACAGUCUGUACCAAGGGAAGAGAGCAGAGGAAGGCUGGGUCCCGAGCCCCAAAGGUAUUGUGGGUGUGCGUUCUACCUCCGGAUCCUGCCUGGGCCCCUGGCUCCCCGAACAGGGCUGCCACAGGGCCUGUGGGAGUGGGUCAUGGGGACCUGGCCUUGCAGGUCAGGUCUGAGCAGAGGGGAGUGGGUACCUUCCUCUGCGCUGGGAGGAUCAGGGCUGCCUGUGGCCAGGGGCAGUGUCCCUACACGCACGAGUAAUAGUCUGUGUGCGGGCCACCUUGGCUCUAAGGGGAGCAGCGCUGGGUGAGCAGUGCUGGGCAGCAGUGGACGGAGCCCUCCCUCCUCGAGCCAGGGGGCCCCCACCGCCUACCUCUCCACAACUAAAGAGCCCUCUGGGCCUGUGUUGCUGUUAUUCCUACUGAUCUGUUCCUUUUUUCUUUAUGAGAUUUGUUUUUUAAACCAAAACCAACAAAGUUUAUUUUCCUCCCGGCCCCUUGGGGCUGAGCCUGGGUCUGCAGACUGAAUGUAUGGGGCAGUCGCCCCUCCCGCCCUGGCUGCAGGCUGCGGGGCGCCCACCCCUCCAGGCCCCAGAAGCCCUUCUUGGCCAAAGGCUUCCCUGGGCCCCGAGCCCCACCUCGGCUGCCUCAGGAGAGAGAGUGCUUUUCCUAUAGUUUC